CCGCCUUCAAACUGAUCUUAACCGACUGGGCGCGCGCUUCCGGCGGCCAUCGCAGCGAGUGAGAGGAGGAGGAAAAGGAAAGGGAGAGAGAGAGAGAGAGAGAGCCCAGGGUUCAGGACGUGGCACUCGCUCCCUGUUUGUUUAUAUAUUUUACAGAUAUCGACAGGGGUUUAUUUUUCUUUUUUUAAAAGGAAAGUGAAUUGUCAGCGUGUCACCCGCCUGGUGUUUGCCACCGUUGCCGAGUCCUGGCCUGGGGGGGAGGGGAGGGGAGGCCCGACAGACAGGUCUGGACUUGUCCCGAGUGAGAGAGAAACGAGGAGGGGGGAAAAGAGGAGGGAGAGCGGAGUGGGAGAGGAGAGGAGAGUGAGGCGAAGAAAAGGAGCUGCUGUCUCCCCUGGACAGGAACAGUGACAUGGAGCAGGUUGCAGGGCCUGGCCCCUCAGCGCCAUGGAAACCCAAGUCACCUUGGGGGGCACCACUGUCCACAGUGACCCCCUGCUCCCUUUCGGAUGUAAUGAGUGAAGAACUUGCAAAAGAAUUGCAGCAGCAGGAGGAUACAGCAGCCUUCCCUAACGUCAUUGAUAUUGAUAAGGUUGCUUUCGUUGGAGAGGGAGGUGAAACUUCUAGUGACCUCCUUUUAGCUCAAAUGCUACAAAUGGAAUUUGACAGAGAAUACGAUGCACAACUUCGACGGGAAGAGAAUAAGCUCAACGGAGACAGCAAAGUUUCUAUUUCCUUUGAGAAUUAUCGAAUGGUGCAUCCUUUUGAAGACAGUGAGAGUUCAGAGGAUGAAGUGGAUUGGCAGGAUACGUACCAUGAUCCCUACAGAGCUGAUAAACAAUCAAAUGCCUCAAAGCGGGGAUUUGUUGGAAAAGGGAAAGACAUUACCACCAAGCAUGAUGAGGUGAUGUGUGGUAGAAAGAACACGGCUAGAAUGGAGAAUUUUGCUCCAGAAUUCCAAGUUGGAGAUGGAAUUGGAAUGGACUUGAAACUAUCUAAUCGUGUGUUUAAUGCCCUGAAGCAGCACUCGAUCUCCGAGCAGCGUCGCAGUGCUAAGCUUCAUGAGAAAAAGGAACAUUCUACUUCUGAACAAGCUGUAGACACUAAAACCCGCCUGCUGCUGUAUAAAAUGGUAAAUGUCGGGUUAUUGGAAAACGUCAAUGGCUGCAUUAGCACAGGCAAAGAGUCGGUGGUCUUGCAUGGCAAUGGAGGAAGGAUCAAUGAACAUAUCGUGCCUUCUGAAUGUGCUAUCAAAGUCUUUAAGACAACACUUAAUGAGUUCAAAACCCGUGAUAAGUACAUUAAGGAUGACAAUAGGUUCAAAGACCGCUUUGGCAAGUUAAAUCCACGAAAAAUCAUCCGCUUGUGGGCAGAGAAAGAAAUGCAUAAUUUGAUGAGAAUGCAGAAAGCUGGAAUUUGCUGUCCAGAGGUGGUGGUUCUAAAGAAGCAUGUUCUAGUGAUGUCGUUCAUAGGCCAAGAUCAAGUUCCAGCACCUAAAUUAAAGGAUGUUAAGCUUAAUUCUGAAGAUAUGAAACUAGCCUACUUCCAGGUUUUAGAUAUGAUGCAACAACUCUACAAAGAAUGCAAUCUUGUUCAUGCUGAUCUCAGCGAGUACAAUUUGCUUUGGCAUAUGAGGAAGGUUUGGUUGAUCGAUGUCAGUCAGUCUGUGGCGCCCACCCAUCCUCAUGGACUCAAGUUUCUCUUCAGGGACUGUAAAAAUGUCUCGCAGUUCUUCCAGAAAGCAGGUGUUGCAGAUGCAUUGAAUGAAAGGGAGCUCUUCAAUCUCGUCACUAGUUUAGAUAUAAAAGCAGAAAAUGAAGUGGACUUUAUUGUUGAGAUUGAAUUUUUGGAAAAGAGAAAUGAAGAUCAUGUCCAAAGAUGUGACAAGAAAGUGAGGUUCACAAGGGAUGAUCGCGACCAAGCACCAGAUGAUGAAUACUGAAAGCAUUAAAAUGGAUUAAUUUUUAAAUCUGGUAUUUGGACUGAUACAUCCAAGAUGAUUCCACAAAGCUGGAAGAAGAUUUUGGGUAGAAAUUAGAAUGCGUGUUUUAAUCUGAUUAAAAUGAAAAAUGUGUAUAAAUAUCUUGUGUGUAACCAGUAGUUAUUGCCAUGAUCAAAGACUGGUGUAACAGUGAUGGUGCUGUAAACUACUGUUAACGCCAUCUACUCUUUAUUAACUUGGAACUUCCGUGAUAAACAAACUGAUCAAUAUGAAUGAUUACAAUUUAGCUUGAAACUAUAUUUUGAGUGAAAGUCAGUUUCACAUUUUUAGAAUAAUUCUUAAAAAUUGUCACAAAUUUUGCAUCCUAUCAUUGAAUAGGGGCAGAACAAGACAGUAAAUGGAUGCUACAUUAGUUCAAAGGUUUGAUAGAUACAGAAUAAGUGACACCGGUGAAUCAUCUGGUGUUCAGUGCUUCUUUAUAACUAUAUUUUGCCCUCAAAAUAAAAAUCCACUUCAUAAUAUGGAGAGCUUUGAGAGUUGUCUCAAAGGAUGUGAAAUGUACUACAUCAAUUGUAAGGAUGAUUUUUAUUAGAAUUAUUAAUUCACUAAUGUGAACCAAUUCUUACUUUGAUGUGAACAAUAUAUAACUUAAAGCUAAGGGUUUAUAUUUUAUUUGAAUUUGUUUCCAACAGAAGUCUAGUUGCUUUAAUUAUACAGUUGAUUAUAAUCAAUACUAAUAAAGAUGAAAUGUCUGACUGUCUGCCAAGAAUGCAAUAACUGAUUCACGUAGAGACAUGAUUUAUAGCUCAUCGGAAAGGUCUUGCAUGGGGUAGUGUAAUGUAGUGUAAUGGGCAUAUUUGGGUGGGGGGAAUCUCCUAGUGUUGAUGAGUUAUAUUAACAAAUGCUUUAAUUAAGCUCAAAAAUAUGAGGUUUGCAUGGUAUUCUGCAACAAAGUAGCAACACCUUUCUCCAGAGCUACAUCUAUCUUGCACUAAUAAAGACGAAAUGUCUGUCUGCCAAUAACGCAAUAAUCGAUUAACGUAGGGACGUGGGGGGAGUGUCAUACGCAUAUUUUGUUUCGGGGUUCUCUUCUCGUUGAUGAGCUAUGACCUAAACAAGCUUAUUGCACAUGUAUGGACUUCAACAAGGAAUCCUCCCACAGGAGAUCUCCCACAGCCAGUAGUGCAUAAAAUGUAAUUGACAAGUCUGUUUGAUAAGUGGUUAUGUCAGUUCAGCAAAGUAUUGUUGAUAAAAUUCAUAUUUCUAAUUAAAAGUCAUCUGUGGCCAAAUGUAAAA